AUCCAAUAAGCGCCUGGUUGAGUAAGCAAGUGGGAGGAGGCGGGCUUGAGACACGCCUCCGCUGUUAUUGGUCAGUGUGUGGCCUCACACAGAGAGGCAGAAAUGCGGUGAGACUUGUAGUGCAGAGAUGUCCGCGGAGCCUGGCCUGUUACUCCUGUCACAAUUAUAUUUCCUGCUGCUCUUGCCGCCCUGUACCGGAGCAUUGGGAUCAGGUCUAACUUACCCGGAGCCGCCUUUCAACGUAAAAGUCCAUAAGUUCCCUGACAGAUAUUCUGUUGCGUGGGACUGGAAUAGUGGCAAUAGAGAGGAUGCUAAGAAUGUGACAUUUUCUGUGUUUGUCCACAAAUUAAAAAACAAAGCCUUUUCCAAGUUUUGGAGCAGUGUCCCCGGAUGCCUUCACAUUCUUCAUCAGAACUGUAGCAUUGACCCAGCGCUCGUAGAUACUGACAAGGAUUACAAAGUGCAAGUCCGAGCCGAAAUAUCACAAAUUAAUUCUGCAUCCUCAGAUCCCGUUAUAUUUUCUCCAAAGGUAGCAGGAGAAAUCCCUCCUAUCGCUGUGCGUGUGGAACACAUUGAUGGGGGCAUCAGAAUAGAAGCUACCCUCCCUAAAACAAAGGGAGAUUGGUAUGAUGCUACGUUGUACUAUACCUUGUUGCUCUGGACAAACGGCUCUAUAGAGGAGAGAAAAUUUAUGCAUCCCAAAUUUGAUCUUUAUGACCUCACUCCUGGCGAAAACUACUGUUUCAAAGUAUAUGUGUUUGACUUCGUAACAGAGACGAGAGGCAAAUUUAGUCCUGAGAAGUGUUUUAAAGUGGAAGCACUAGGAUUGGAUGGCCGGCCGUAUGCAGAGAACUUAACAAUCGAAGCUCUAAACACAAACUUCACGUUAAAAUGGGACUGGGAUUAUUCGCUGCAUCCAAACGUGACGUUCUCUGUAGAAAUGCUGUCAGAAAUAAUACAGCAAGACAGCUGGAAGCAAGUGGGUGGAUGUGAAAAUAUUAGCAUCCUCCACUGUGAUGUUUCUCGUAUAUACAUUUACGGAAAAUAUAAUUUCCGUGUAGCCGCAUCAUUCGAUAACAAGAAUAGAACUCUCUCCAGAGCUCAGCAGUUUGAUCCCCUCGAGGACACUGUGAUAGGCCCCCCUUCAGAUGUGAGAGCAGAGCUAUAUGGCACAGUGCUGCAGGUCAGAGUGAUGGAACACGAAGCUCUUCACAAUUUAAAGAAUGCAUGUAACUGGGCAUACAAUCUGACAUACUGGAAGGACAGUGUAUCUGACAGAGAGGAGAAAUCACUAAAGGACAGCAUGGGGAGUUUUGAAAUAGAAGUGGAACCAUCAACCAAGUAUUGCAUGAGAGUUUGUGUUGUUUGCCCAAACAAUAAAAGAAGAAGCCUUUUUAGUAAGGAGCAGUGCAUCACCACUGACACUGAUACUGGGCCAGUUUGGAGUGUGGGGAUUAUCGGGGGCCUCGUAGGCGUAGUCGUUACAUCGGUGGUUGUUUAUCUCUGUGCCUGUCCUUUAAAACGAUACAUCAAGAAUAUAUUAUACCCCACCGGGAAACUUCCAUCAAUCAUCGAAAAUGGGUUCCUUGAUUCACGUGUCAAAAUUCCAUAUGUGUUACAAGAAGAAGAGGCUACAGACCUGUGCUAUAUAACUUGGAACAGUGGGCUUGAUGAAGAAAGUGAGCAAAAUACUAAAUAUUUGUUGAAAGAAAACAACACAGACUCUGGUAAUUACUCGAACGAAGAAGAAGCUACAGGGGAGAGUGGCCUCUCUAUACAGAGAACGUAGCCUUCUCUACAACCAUUCAUAUACAACGUUUCAUUUAUUAACUCAACAUGGCACUAUACAGUCAUAUAUUUAAUUAUGACUAUUGUUUUAGACAUAUCCUGAAAAAUAUAUAUUAAAGGAGAAGGAGAGGUCUUUUUACUUGGGGGUGCCAAAAGUUAUGCACCCCCUAGUGAUCGCAUUUACUUAACUGAAACCUCGGACUGGUGCUCCUAUCAGAAGAAAACUGCACCGGCCCAGGAUUCUUCCAGCGAGCACCACAGAGCGAAUGUCUUUUCGUUUCUUAUUUUUCUUGCGGCUGCGUAUGUGCAUUAGAGCGAAAGGCCAAACUUUAAGAAAAAAGCCGGCUAUUUCGUUCUACUGCGUAUGCGUCUGCCCUGGGAAAUUUGAACAAAGAAGAAACCAGAACAAGAUCGCUCAGUGGUGCUGGCUGGAAGAAUCCCGGGGUUUCAGGUAAGUAAAUGAGAUCACUUGGGGAAGCAUAACUUUUGGCACCCCCAAGUAAAAAGACCUUUUCUUCUCCUUUAAGAGAAAACCGAACUUUGGGCUUCUACGGACGGGAAUGCUGGUCGUUCAGCUGAAACUAUAAGGCUGCAGACACACACAACUUCUUGUCAAAAUAGACAAUAGUGAUAAUUGGCUUUGCUAAGAUACUACGGUGCAAAUUUAUUAGGAACAGUUCAGUAUAAAAAUAAAAAGUGGGUAAAUAGAUAGCCUGUGCAAAAUAAAAAAAUGUUUCUAAUAUAGUUAGUUAUCAGAGACUUGAGUGGGGGCCAC